AUACAACCGAAAGUAUGGUUUCUACUGAAUCACUGUCCAUUGAUAUGAAUCCAAUUUCAAAAUUAGCUACUUCUACUAUUACCACAAAUACAACCGAAAGUAUGGUUUCUACUGAAUCACAGUCCAUUGAUAUGAACCCAAUUUCAAAAUUAGCUACUUCUACUAUUACCACAAAUACAACCGAAAGUAUGGUUUCUACUGAAUCACUGUCGACACUGUCCAUUGAUAUGAAUCCAAUUUCAAAAUUAGCUACUUCUACUAUUACCACAAGUAAUUUAUAUUUAAAAUUUAAUUUUUGAAUUUAUAAAAUAUUCUAAUAUAAAAUCUAAUAAUGUGUGCUUUCAAUUAUUAGGUGAAACUGAAUGUAUUUCUGAUAUGGAGCCAAAUUCAAUAUCAGCUGAAUUUACAUUAACUUCUAGUAGCUUAGCAUUUUUUAUUAGACCCGCUAGUAAUGAAUCAGUAGAAAUCAAAUUAGCUUUUUUAAAAAGUCAUCCCAUUCAACCUCUUGUUUUAAGUAAUGAUAAACUUCCAUUUGAUCCUCAAAAAAUGUAUUAUCAGACUUUAAGUGAUUCUCAAAAAGUUCAGCGCAAAUGGUUAUCUUAUUGUUCUUAUAGUAAAAGAAUAUUUUGUACUACAUGUAUGACAUUUUGUCCACGACGUGAAAAUAUUAGCAAUUUAGUAACUGGAUUAGAAGUCUUAAAUUCGAAAAAUGUUUAUGGUACAGUUAAAAAACAUGAACAAUCAAAAACACACGGUGAAGCAGUUUCUGCUUUACUACAAGCUAACUUAAACAAAAAUAUUGAGAGUUGUAUUAAUAUUAAUUUAAGGGAAAUUCAUUCCAAAGAAGUAGAAUUUAACCGUUUGGUCAUUAAAAGGCUCAUUGAUAUAAUAAUGUUUAUUGGUAGGCAAGGAUUAGAUUUUCGUGGUAAAGAUGAAGCAGCUUAUAGCUUAGAGGAUAGGACUAUUAAUCAUGGAAAUUUUUUGGAACUAGUAUUGCUUAUUAAAGAUUAUGAUGUUGUAUUGAAUAUGCAUGUUAAAAAUUGUAUUGAGUUAAGUAAAAAACGUAAAGCUGGAGGUAAAAAAAAUAAUAAUACUCUUUCUCAGACCCGUGGUAGAGGAUCUUUAGUAACAUUUCUAUCAAAAACAUUUAUAAAUAAAAUUGUUUUAGUUAUUGGUAAUUUAUUACGAGAGAAAAUAGUAAAUGAAUUAAAAGAAGCCCAAAGUUUUAGAACAUUAAUAAGGCUACCCUUAUACACUCCUAGUAGUAAAAUUUUAGCUUUUUCUUGCUGA